AUGAGGACGGUCACUGCUGCAAUGUGUGUAGCUUUGACAACCUCGUCUCAGCGUGUGUUUGGGCCCCCGGUCGUGUCCUCGAUUUGUGAUGGACUGAAGGAACGACCUGUGCAUGUUGUUGGUGUAAGAGGAAUGUUCUGCGUGCCAUUGCCGCCAUGUGAAGGAGUAGUAAACAUUGGGAUGAAGGAGCCACUUGCGUGUCCUCAAGAAGGCCAGCGAGAUGUGCUUGGAGAGGAGGAAUUAGCCAUGGACAGCUGCUGUGCUGUAAUCGAUAACGAUAGCGGUGCACUGGGUUGCAUUCUAGUAGAAGAAAAUGAAGAACAAACGUCAGCGUGUCUCUCGUCUGUAAACUUGCCACGUGAACGAGAUUUUUCUCACUUACGUCGACGAAGAGCGAGAAACAGGAUGAUGCAGGAUGUCGUGGCAGACGUCGUCUUAAGAGGUUCAUUAUCUCGUGCAGGUUCAAUGCAUACGCAGGAAGUGACGGAGACAAACCCAGCAAUAUCUACAACGACAACGAUCGUAUCAGCAACAACAACAACGACACGAGUGAGUACGACGUCAGCUCCGGAAUUGACUGCUCCAGCGGCUAUGACGCUACCUACAACGGCAACGUCGACACCAGAUCCAAUAUCAACGUCGACAUCAGAUCCAAUAUCAACGUCUAUAUCAGGUCCAAUGACAACGUCGACAUCAGGUGUGAUGGCUACAACAUCAGCUCCAAUGACUACAACAGCUUCAGUGGCUACGAUGACAUCAAACUCAACCACAGCUAUGUUUGAGACGGAAGGUAUAGCGACUACAAUGGAUGCCUCAAUCGUUACGACGACAGAAACUUCAGUUGUUGCAACGGCAGCUCCAGUAGAUGCAACAAAAGCGUCAGUAGUGACAAUAUCACUACCAGAGGCGACGACAUCACCUUUAGCAGCAACUCCAAUUCAGUCGGCAUCAAAUCCAAUGGCAACGUCGACAUCAGAUCUAAUGACAACGUCGACAUCAGGUGUGAUGGCUACAACAUCAGCUCCAAUGGCUACAACAGCUUCAGUGGCUACGAUGACAUUAAAUUCAACCGCAGCAGCUCCAGUUGCUACUACAUUUGUUUCAGCAAAUUUUACUUCGGUUCCAGUAACUUCCACCUUAGCUUCAUCUGAUACAUCUGCGACGGUAGCAAUUCCUGCGGCUAUUUCGGUAGUUCCCGACUCGACGCCACAAGCGACAGCUACGACAAUCAAUAUGACUGCGCCUGCUACAUCCUCUGGAUCAAGUCUUCAGCUUAGCGAACGUUUGGAACCUACAAGUUCACCUCCUGUUGGUACAACGACACCUCCAGUAGAAUCGGGCUUGAUACUUGAUUCGAGCAGUAUCCUUCCGUCGCCAGUGUCGAUCCCUAGAACGAAUGUAUCAAGUUUGCCUCCGCUUACGACGAUACCUUCAUCAAAUCUAGAUUUCAAUACUGAUGGUGUAUCGUUUACGCCCACGACAACCCCAACACAACCUUCUUCUGUAACGGCAAGACCCACGUCGUUAAAUUCUAGGCCAACUGAUCAAUUAGCAACACCGACACCGGGAUUUCCUCUUAUUGAAUCGGUAUCAGAAUUUUCCUCUGGCUCUAAUGGUACUGCUGGGCUGGCGUCCGCAGUCGAUGGAUCAUCAAUCGCAUCAAAAUUAGUUUCUACGCCGACUGCUGAUUCUGGAGCUGCUGGAUCACCGGACUCAUUACCAGCGUCAAGUGGGAGCGUACUGAGUGCCACAGCAGGAAGUCCUCUGGAGUCGGGGUCAAAGUCAGCAGGACCAACAAGCUUGAGCGGUGGGUUGAGUGCUGACGCCACAGGUGCUAUUAGUAACGGCAAUGGGGCAUCGUUGUCGUCAUUGACGUCUUCACUGCCAGAGUCAAGCUCCAGGUCGGAAAGUACUGAGCCCAGCGUUUUAGGUUUAACAGCAGCCGGCAAUUCGGGGGAGACUGGAAGUUUCGACAAGUUGUUCAGUGGUACUGUAGGGUCACCUUCUGUGGAAAAUGUGGUAUCCAGUCCGUCGCAGUUACGUUCGUCUCCUUUGCCGUUAGACUCGUCUAUUUUGCCAUCAGAUCCCUCGUUGCCGUCGUCUUCGUUAUUAAUGUUGUCAUCGUCUAGUUCGUUGGAGGCUGAACGUCUCACUCCAUUGCCUGCUGAGUCUACUUUGUCGAAAGAUGUGUUGCAAUUAUUCCCUAUCACGGAUGUUAGCAGUGAUGAUUCUUUAUCUUCAGGCGAGGAUACAGGCAGAAGUAACGCACUGGGUUCAAACGCAAUGACGUUUAUUACAGUGGGGACCGCUGCGAUGGUGGCUUUAAUGUUCGGGAUUUUCUAUCUUUGUCCAAAGCGGACGAACCCCCAUGAGUUACUAACUCCAUGCGAGCCGCCCCAGCCGUCAAAUCAUACUGGUGCGUAUCCAUACAAUCAUUCCCUUGAGUUGGAAGCUGCUGGUCCAUACGAUGCCGCAAGCACACCACGGAUUGAUAUAAUUCAUACAAGGCUAACGUAA